AUGUCUCUUCCAAGCCAGCAUUGUUCCAAAAUUGUUAACCCUCCUCCACCAGAAUAUAUAAACAAUAAAAAUAGUGGUUGUCAAACAAACCAACUUCAGUACUUACAGAGAGUGGUCAUGAAAGCCAUGUGGAGACACAACUUUUCCUGGCCAUUUCAUCAGCCUGUAGAUGCAGCAGCACUGAAUCUUCCUGAUUACUACAGUAUUAUAAAGAAACCUAUGGACCUGAGCACAAUUAAAAAGCGUCUGGAACAUAAUUACUAUGCAAAAGCAGCAGAAUGCAUUGAAGACUUCAAAACUAUGUUCUUGAACUGCCACAUAUAUAACAAGCCAGGUGAUGACAUUGUGUUUAUGGCCCAAGAACUAGAAAAAGUGUUUAUGCAGAAAAUAGCACAAAUGCCACCAGAAGAAAGACUGAUUCCCAACAAAGGAAAGAGAAAAGGAAAGUCAUCAGAAGAAACUCAGCAGCCCAACCCUAGGACUUCAACUAAAGAGAGCACAAUGCAGAAACAAGCUGACAGUGGUGAGCAGCCUCCAGUGAUGACUGAAGAGCUACAGCAGAUUAAGCUAACUCCUUUGUCUGCAGCUCAGCUGACUGCUUCAAUGCCAGCUGCAGUCCCUAUAACAAAAACAAAAAAAGGUGUGAAGAGGAAGGCUGAUACUACAACUCAUAUGACUUCAAUAUUCAAAGCAAGCAGUGAAUCUUUGGCAAUGUUUAAUGAAAGUAAAGCUAUUAAAGCAUGUAGAGGUGACAAUGAAUGCAUGAUACCAAAUAAGCUUCUGAAGAGGGACUUGCCAGAUUCUCAACAGUCACAUGAAUUUCUUAAAAAAAAUCAGUUAUCAGAACAACUAAAACAUUGUAAUGAAAUCCUUAAAGAAAUGUUUUCAGAGAAACAUUCAGCAUAUGCGUGGCCCUUCUUAAAACCUGUAGGUGUUGCAUCCUUCUCACUUGGUGAGGAACAAGGGAUCACCGAAUGUUCUACAGACCUAGGAACCAUAAAGAAAAAAAUGGAUAACUUUGAAUAUAGAGAUACACAAGAAUUUGCCACAGAUGUUAGGUUAAUGUUCAUGGAUUACUACAAACGUAAUUCUCCAGACCAUGAAGCAGUUGCUAUGGCAAGAAAACUUCAGGAUGUUUUUGAGAUGCGCUUUGCCAAAAUUCCUGAUGAACCUGCUGCAAGUGUUUCUCUCCCACUACACGCAAGAGAAGUGAGAAAAGUUUAUUCUAGUGACAGCAGUAGUGAUGACUCGUCAGAAGAGAAGUCAUCUGAAGACUAUGAGAAGGAGAGAAGAGUGCACCUUGCAAAGCUUCAGGAGCAACUUAAAGCUGUUCACCAGCAGCUACGGGCUUUGACCAGAGCAUCCUUACCUAGACUGAAAAGGAAAAAAGGGAAGGCUAAAAGGGAAAAAAGGAAGAACAAGGCAAAAUCUAAAAUAAAAAGCCUGAUUCAAAAGAAGAAAGCCCUAAAACACAAGUCAAAGAAAAAGCAGUCUUUAAACACUCAACCAAAGAAAACCACGCAACAGGUCUCAUUGGCACAUAAGUCAGAAGAUGAUGGUGCCAAGCCUAUGAAUUAUGAUGAAAAAAGGCAGCUGAGUUUGGACAUAAAUAAACUCCCUGGAGACAGGCUGGGGAAAGUAGUCCAUAUAAUACAGUCAAGAGAACCUUCUCUGAGGAACUCUAACCCUGAUGAGAUAGAAAUAGACUUUGAAACUUUAAAAACUUCAACACUCAGAGAACUAGAGAAAUAUGUGGCAACCUGUUUGAGGAAGAGACCAAGAAAGCAGCAUGCUAAAAAAUCAGUGAAGUCAAAAGAACAAUGUAAUUCUGAGAGGAAACAAGAGUUAGAGAAGAGACUACUGGAUGUCAAUGGUCAGCUGAACCCGAAGAAAGGAAACUGCAAAUUUGAAAGCAAUGCUGAGUCUGGUAUUGGACCAAGCCGACUGAGUGACAGCAGCAACAGUAGCAGUUCCUUGGACUCUGGCAGCAGUACUAGCAGUGAUUCUAGCUCCUCAGAUAGCAGCGACUCUGAAUCGGUUACAGAAACAUGCUCAAAACAGAAUGAAACCAGGCAGAACUGUCCAAUUUCUAUGGAGCAACCUCAGGUAAACUGA